GUUUUAGCUAACAUUUACGUGGCAAAUUUCAAAAUCUGCAAUUAUUGAUCCUUCCGGGCUGAGGUCGAGGGUCCCGUCACUUGUAAACAAGGCGCCGAGGACUGUCAAGAUGUCUGGCAAAGACAAAAUUAAUAUUUUCCCCUCCAGAGGGGCCCAGACAACAAUGAAGGCACGUCUGGCAGGCGCUGUGAAGGGCCACUCACUUUUGAAAAAGAAAGCUGAAGCUCUCCAGAUGCGGUUCAGGCAGAUAUUAGCUAAAAUUAUUGAGACCAAAAUCCUGAUGGGAGAUGUGAUGAAGGAUGCAGCAUUUUCACUGGCAGAAGCCAAGUUUGCAUCUGGUGGUGACUUCAACCAGAGUGUGCUGCAGAAUGUCACAAGGUCCCGCAUCAAGAUCAGAUGUAAAAUGGACAAUGUUGCUGGUACCAAUCUUCCAGUUUUUGAAAGCUUUGAAGAUGGUGCUGACACCUAUGAGUUGACUGGACUGUCCCGUGGUGGUCAACAGAUGGCAAAGCUCAAGAUCAAUUACAAACGUGCGGUCGAGUUGUUGGUUCAACUGGCUUCACUUCAGGCAUCAUUUGUAACUCUUGACAUUGCAGUUAAGAUUACAAAUCGCAGAGUAAAUGCCAUAGAACAUGUUAUCAUUCCACGCUAUGAGCGCACACUGGCAUACAUCAUCUCAGAACUAGAUGAACUUGAACGUGAAGAAUUUUAUCGGUUGAAGAAGAUUCAGGAGAAGAAAAAGAAGAUCAGGGAGAAGGCAGAACAGGAGAGGCUAGUACUGAAGGAGGCUGAUAGGCUGAAGGAGGAGGCAGAGGAUGCAGCAGAAAUAGCAGCAGCAGCAGCAGCUGCAACCAUUUUUGAUAGUAACGAAGAGGAGGAUCUUCUUUUCUAGUUGAUCAAAAAAAUACACAAAAAACCUUGCAAGCAUUUUGAAAAUUCAUGUUUAUAUAAAAUUGGAUUAUAUAUAUCUAGAAAAGCUGUUAUAGGUGGAUAAUUUUUAUUUAUAUCAUAAAUAUAUUAAUGUGGAAAAUAGAGUCUCUUAAAAACACUGCAGAUUCUGCUGUGUUUUUUAUAUACAGUACAGUAUUAAAAUUAUAUGACUUCUGUCUGCAUAUUCCAUAUAUAUUCUUAAAAUGCUGUUUAAUUAACUUUACUGUCCUAGCUAUAUAUUUUCUCUAGUGUAUAUUAUUUUCUUUUUACAUUACAACAAUUGCAGCAUUUUCAUGAACAUAUCUUAACAAAUUACAUACUCAUUAUUUAUUAUGAGUAUCAAUUACAUUUUUGUUAAUAGCAUUCAUAUUCCAGAUGAUAAAAAGAAACCAUUCCACCUUCUAGUCUAGUUUAUUGAGAUGUAAUUAAAAUGUCGGUAGAAUGUAAGUAGUUGUCAGAAGUUGCCAAGUUGUCAAAAUAGAUUUGUACACUGAAAGUAUCGCACACUUGUAAUGUGAGAAUUACAAUGAGUCCAGUAAUAACUAGUGCAAAGCUUGUAAAGGUCCUGCGAGACAGUGGAGUAAUUUCAAACAUAUGCAAAAAUAUUUGGGAAAGGCUUGCAUGAUUAUGGAUUAACUGAAGGUGCAACAUCACUCGCAACUCCCUGCAUAAAUAUUAAAUUGCAGUUUCCAGCUGUUGCUUUUAGGCCUUGUAUUAUAUGCAAUACAGUACAUGAUUUAUGCUUGGGGUGUGACAAAGGUGACUUUUCUCAUGAAAUUGGAUAAAAGAAUAACAUGCUUUGUUAAUUUUACCUUGCAAAAAAUCCUGUGUAUAGAAAUGUUGAUAUUUAUAAUGCAGUUUAACACUAAGAAGUUAAGAAUAAUUUCCAGGUAUAUUAUAAUGGGUUGGUAAUUAGCUGUUAUAAUUACAGAUUUGUAUAUAUUACUGUAUUAAAUAUAACAAUAUUA